UCCCCCAUUCCCCACUUCCGGCUUCUUUGAACUCACACUGGCAGUAAACAGAACUGACUUCCAUUUAACAACAGUAGCAUUGCCAGUGCGCCCACGAGCAUGCUUAGUACUUGUCAAUGAGUUGCCUACUUUCCAUCUGUGGCCCAGAAAGAAAAAAAAAAGCAAGCACGAGCUGUUCAGAUGGCUUGAAGGGCGACUCGAUGCUUAUUUUAAUAAGGAGAGUGUUCCCCACCCUUCUCCACUCCCCUUACCCCGUCCUCGUGCCGGAAGACUUCAAGAUUUCUGGUAAGAAUUCGUUUCCGUAAUUUGAGGAAACUCUCUUCCUCGGCCAGCCACGAUGCUGAGACCGACUACCACGUGCAGUGCUGGCGUCUACAGCGGUUGGCACUAUUUUGAUUGUGGGUCUUGCUCGGCGCAGGCACAUCCAACCUGGCAGGCGAUCUACGGCUACAACAUUUGAAAAAAAAAUUUUUUAAAGCUCUGCUGGAGAAACUAAUCUAAGAAUGGACCCAAGAGGGUGGGACAGCCCGGGGGUGAAGGCUCGCAUCCAGCAGUGGGAGAACGCCGAGAACAGCCUCAGCCGCAAGGAGGCGAAGGACCGAGGCUUCCGCCAAUGGCUGUACUCCGACAGCAGCUCGCUACGACGCGACGACCGCAAGGUGCUGCAUCAGGUGCCGCAGACCGGCAGCCUCCGCCGCGGAGACGGCCGUGACCUCCGCCAGUGGCGCGACGCGCCGGGUCAGGUCAGCGCCGAGGUCAGUGGCGAAGGCAAGAGCCUCCGGAGGAUCCGGAUGUCCAGCACUGGAUCCAUGCUCGGGGCCAGUGAUGCCCUGGCAGUCGCCUUGCAGGAGGUGGAUGGACUGAUGGCCAAUUCGCAGCUGGACCUGCACGUGGACCCUAGCGACUACACGAGUGGCUGGAGGUCUCGCUCAGGCAGCACAUGCAGCAUGUCUGGCACCGCCCCCGUCGCGCGCUUGCUGGCUGACCUGCAGGUGGCGGUGGACAGGGUCAGCGACAAGGACAGGUUGCGGCAUCUACUGCCCAGGGACCAGCUGGACUUUCUCCGGGACUGGCUGUUUGCUGAGGACUACUAUCUGUUGGAUGAAGCGUUGAGGAUGAAGUGUCUGGGGAUUAAGUGACUGGGAACCUUCU